GAGCUCCAGGGAUCCGUUCGCGAGAGGAUCAAAGAACGCGCGAUUGCCCGCGCGAACCGGAGGCACCCCGAGGAUAUAGAUAAGGCACUGGGACUGUCGAAAUUAUCUGAAUUAACGAAAUAAAGAGAAAGAAAGAGAGAGAAGAAAGAGGGAGAGAGAGAGAAAGAGAGAAGAGACAGGGAGAGAGGACGAGAGAUAGUCCGUCAGACAUGAACGUUACUCCGAUGGUGGAGAUACCCGGCAAUGACAACUACAGCAUCAGCAACGGUCUCGACUGUGGCGGUGAGCCCCAUCAAUACGCGAUAUGGGAGCGUGUGACGAUAGUGGUGAUCGCCGUCAUCCUCAGUCUCACCACGGUCGUCGGCAACAUUAUGGUCAUGAUAUCAUUCAAGAUUGAUAAGAAUUUGCAGACGAUCUCCAAUUAUUUCCUCUUCAGCCUGGCGGUGGCCGACUUCGCGAUCGGCCUAAUCUCCAUGCCCCUCUUUACGAUAUACACGGUACUCGGUUAUUGGCCGCUCGGUCCCCUCGUGUGCGACACGUGGCUCGCCCUCGACUAUCUCGCGAGUAAUGCGUCGGUCCUUAAUCUGCUCAUCAUCAGCUUCGACAGAUAUUUCUCCGUCACGCGUCCGCUUACUUAUCGGGCCAAGAGGACCACCUUCAAAGCCUCCGUCAUGAUCGGAUCCGCUUGGGGUAUAUCGCUGCUUCUUUGGCCACCUUGGAUCUACGCAUGGCCGUAUAUCGAGGGUCAAAGGACUGUGCCGAAAGCCUCGUGCUACAUCCAAUUCAUCGAGACGAAUCAUUACAUCACCUUCGGCACGGCCAUCGCCGCGUUUUAUGUUCCUGUCAUGAUAAUGACGUUCCUUUACUGGCGGAUCUGGCUGGAGACGAAGAAACGUCAGAAGGACCUGCCGAAUUUGCAGGCCGGCAAACAAGACGCGAGCAAGCGCAGCAACUCGAGGUGUGACGAGGUUUUAGAUAUGGAGGAGAGCAGAAGACAGCGAAGUGAGUCGAGCACCGCCGACGACGUCUCGCACGCCACGCACAUCGCGGUUUCCUACAUUGAUAAGCACUAUCCGCAAUACAAGAGC